AUGGUCAAAGUUGAUGUUAGACCUGUUUAUAGUAAACUAUGCGAAGGAGAAGCCUUCAUUAGUUCUUCCUAUCUUACAGUGCAUAGAAGAACUCACACUGGAGAGAAACCUUAUGAAUGUAAAAAAUGUGGGAAAGCCUUUAUUUGUUUCUCAGCUCUUAGUAUCCACAUGAGAAUCCACACUGAGGAAAAACCCUAUGAAUGUAAGGAAUGUGGGAAGGCAUUUCGACAUUCUUCAUCCCUUACUAUACAUGGAAGAAUGCACACUGGAGAAAAACCCUUUGAAUGUCUGGAAUGUGAAAGAGCUUUCAGUUCUGCCUCAUCCUUUGGGAUACAUGUGAGAAGCCAUACUGGAGAGAAACCAUAUGAAUGUAAGCAAUGUGGGAAAGCCUUCAUUUGUUCUUCCUAUCUUAGAGUACAUAGAAGAACUCACACUGGAGAGAAACCUUAUGAAUGUAAAAAAUGUGGGAAAGCCUUUAUUUGUUUUUCAGGUCUUAGUAGCCACAUGAGAAUCCACACUGAGGAAAAACCCUAUGAAUGUAAGGAAUGUGGGAAGGCAUUUCGACAUUAUUCAUCCCUUACUAUACAUUCAAGAAUGCACACUGGAGAAAAACCCUUUGAAUGUCUUGAGUGUGGAAGAGCUUUCAGUUCUUCCUCAUCCUUUGGGAUACAUGUGAGAAGCCAUACUGGAGAAAAACCAUAUUAAUGUACAGAAUGUGGGAAAGCCUUUGUUUGUCCAGCCUACUUUCGAAGUCAUUUGAACGUUCACACAAGGGACAACAUAUAAAUGUAAGGAGUAAGGGUAUCUCUGCAAGACUUUUUCUGAACUAAUGGAAUUUGUGAAGUCUCAUACUGUGGAGGCAGUAUAAAUGUGAGAAAGUAGGAGAUUAUCACUUAUUCUUUUGAAUAGUUGAGGACAACUGACAGAAACUCUGUGUUUGUAAGCUAUAUGGUAAAACCUUUUGAUUUUGAACAUAACUUGUGCCGCAGUCUGGCUGGGCUGUGCAAAGAAGCUGGGGCGACAAGCAACUUGUGAAAGUUGAAACAGCGGGAGCCGCUGUAUUCACACCAGCAGAGGUAUAUAUACCCAACUAAAUACAGACAGCUUAUCUCAAUUAACAUCAUCCAGUUACAUCAAGCAGUCAUUAAGGAAUCCUCACCAUCUUAAUAAUUAGACACAGCUUAACUCAAUUAACAUCAUCUAGAUUCAGCAGUCAGUCAUUAAGGAAUCCUCAUCCUCUUAAUAGCUCGCUGGUGUUACUUUUUAAACCACUCCUCCUGGCUAAGUGUCAGGCGUGAUCUAGACUUGGCUGUUGCUCUCAACACUUGUAUGAGAAAAUUCAAAAUUUGAGCUAGAAAAGAAGAUCAGUGCCUCAUUAAAGUGGACUUCUAGAUUGUCAUUGAUUUCCAAUGUUUUCUAAUAGGAAGAUUUAAGGCUAUAUGUUUUCCUUUUCAGCUUUUAUGACAUACUUUUGAGUAUGAGGUUAGUUUCUUUAGCUGAGAUGUAACAGUUAUUUCCAUUACAAAGUCUUUUGAACUCUUGGGAGAUUGUGUGUGUACGUGUGUGUAUGCUUCUCCAUGAGACAGCUUCUGGCUAUGUUGUCCAGGCUUUUAACUCCUGGACAACUGCCUUAGCCUCCUAAGUUUGGGAGUGCAGGCAAAUAUCAUUGAGUCUGGCUCAAGUGCAUUCUUUUUUUUUUUUUUUUU